AGCGUUAAAUGUCUCAUCCAUAUAACUUGAUGCUCACAUUGUUUUCAAACACGCUGUUGAAAACCCUCAAUAUUCCAGUUAUCACCUCACUUCCUGUAUAGAGUUUAGUAAUACUGACUUUCGGAUCUUUUCGGGCGACGGGACCUGGUGCUGCUCAGAAACCCGUAUCUUCGGACCGCAGGCCCUGAUCUAGUCGAGGCCAUGGCAGACUUUUCGCUUGCUGACGCAAUCCCAGAUAAUGUUUCUGGUGAAGCAUCAAAAACUAGGCACACCAAUCCAUCAGCUCCUGGAAAUGGUGCUCCGCCCCCCACUAAUCCUGGAUGGCCUGGUGCGGCCCCUGGUGGCCCUAAUUUCCCAUCCUCAGGAGGCCCUGGCCAACCAACAGCCCCUUCUGGCUUUCCACAGAGCGGGCCUUCUGCCCCUGGUUCCUUUCCACCCGGCCCAGGAGCCCCGGGCCAGUUUCCUGGAGCCCCAGCUGCCCCGGGUGGAUACCCUCCAGGUCCGGGCGGAUAUCCUCCAGGUCCGGGCGUACCUGGACAGUUCCCCUCCAACCCUGGAGCUCCAGGACAGUUUCCCUCGAUGCCAGGUCAGUUCCCACCAGGUGGGGCACCCAUGCCAUACCCUGUUCCUGGACAGUUCCCUUCCCCACCUGGGGCUCCACAGGGCCCAUAUCCAAAUGUGCCUUACCCACCAGGUCCAUCUGGGCCUGGCAUGUACGGCCCAGGAGGCCCUGGUGCCUUUCCACCAGAUGGAGGCCCAGGAUAUGCAGGAGGAAUGUUUCCCCCAAUACCACCAGGGUCCUGGGGUACACAUGGAGGGGGCUUCCCUCCUCAACCUGGCCCACCAGGAGGCUAUGGUCCAGGGCCCAUGGGACCAUACGGAGGGCCUGCAGCUCCAGGUGGAAUGCUGCCAUUGCCGUACGAUCUACCGCUGCAUGCAGGGAUAAUGCCCGGGCUCCUGAUCACUAUCGUGGGUGAGCCAGUACCAGGAGGAAACAGGUUCCAUGUAGAUUUUGUGAGGGGUCAUGAUGUGGUCUUCCAUUUCAAUCCACGUUUCCAUGAGAACAACAUCGUACGGAAUACAGAAUUUGGAGGCUGCUGGGGUCCCGAGGAGAGAGAUGGAGGCUUUCCCUUUGUGCAGGGCAGACAAUUUGAGCUGAAGAUCCUGGUGGAGACAGACGGGUUUAAGGUGGCUGUGGACGGGGUUCAUCUGCUGGAGUUUGAGCACAGAACAGGCGGGAUGGAGGAUGUCACUCGUCUGCACAUAGAGGGAGACCUUACUCUGUUCAGUGCAGCCCCCAGCAUGAUCUGAAACACAGGGAGCCAUUUGACAAUGUUGAGGUGACACAUUAAGUCAUUGGUCUUUAAAAAGUACUUUAUCUCCAAAAAAGUGGGACGAACAGAAAUGAAUAAAAGUUAUAAUGAUA